AUGCCAGUUUAUUAUGCACCUGAUUUAUCCAAAGCUAGUUAUUUAUCAUUUAUCAAAAUAUUGUGCACAUGGAAAGGAAGUUUGUGGAAAAGUGUUUAUAUGGAAGCAGUAGUGUGGUUGGCAUUGUACAUCAUACUUUCUUUGGUAUACAGAAUCGGUCUUAGCGAUGAAAGCAAAAAAAUUUUUGUGAAAGUGGUGCGACACUGUCAUGAUCACGAAGGUUGGAUUCCAGUGACAUUUAUGCUUGGUGCUUUUGUUACCAUAGUUCUUCAACGAUGGUGGUCUGUUGUAAGUAAUAUUGGAUUUAUCGAUAACUUAGCAUUAAUAAUAACGAAUUAUACACGUGGUUCGGACGAUCGGACGAUUAUGUUUAAACGAAAUAUGAUCAGAUACAUGUGUCUAGUGCAGGCUAUGGUAUAUAGGGCUAUCAGUCCUAAAGUUAAGAGAAAAUAUCCAACUCUUGACAGUCUUGUGCAAGCAGGAUAUUUAGAACCAAAUGAAGUAUGUAUGAUUUCGGAGAACAAUUUUUAUCAGUCAGUAUCAUGGGCACUUGCCUUAGCUCGUUUGGCUAGAGAUGAGAAUAUUAUUAAAUCGGACCAAGCACUUCAAGAUAUAUUCCAGGUUUUACACAAAACUUUGAUAUUAAACUAUAAAUUGUAA